AUGAAGGAGUUUGAUUACGAGAAGCUUGUUACUGCCACCGAUGGCUUCUCUCCUUCACGACUCAUCGGUAAAGGAAGCCAUGGCUAUGUCUACAAAGGCCUUCUUCACGAAGAAGACAAACGUCACAGCGUCGUAGCGAUCAAAACGCCGUCGUUGUCUCCGUCACCAUCCUCACUUCUUUUUGAAAAAUCAGAACAAAUGAAGAAACUAGAAAACGAGAUCAAUGUUUUGUCGUCUCUGCCUUGUAGCCCACACGUCUUGAGCUUCCUAGGCCACGCCGAGAAACGACUCAUGGUCGUCGAGCUCAUGCCAAACGGUUCGUUGCACCAGUUACUACACGUGUCCACUACUCUUCCUCCUCCCACGUGGCUCAAACGCAUCGAGAUCGCUCUUCAGAUCGCUCGUGCGGUUCACUUCCUUCACGGACAAGGCAUCGUCCACCGUGACAUUAAAUCCGAUAACAUUCUCUUCGAUUGGGACUGGGAGCCGAAGCUUGCCGAUUUCGGACUCGCCGCUCACUUAGCCGAUGAGAAGAGACCGCCGCCGGCGGGAACAAUCGGAUACCUAGAUCCGUGUUACACUUGUCCGGAGAAUAUGAGCACGAAGGUUGAUGUUUACAGUUACGGCGUCGUAUUGUUGGAGAUCGUUAGCGGGAGAAAAGCCAUCGACGUCACUCGCUCGCCGACGUCGAUAGUAGACUGGGCGGUUCCGUUGAUAAACGAGGGGAAGGUCGGAGAAAUCUGCGGCGGAGGAUCAGCCGUUUUCGUGGGAACGAAUCUCCGUCUGCUAAGGAUGGCAGCGCGCUGCGUGUCAUCGGACGUGGAAACUCGUCCUUCCGCCGGAGAAAUCACGGCGGAGAUUGUGUUGUGUUUGGCGGGACCUCUGAGGAGUUUGCCAUUGUGGAUGAGCUUCUUUCGCGGGGUUGUUAAACUGAAACGGCGGAGAACACGGUUGAGAGAGACGCUGACGUGGCCGGGUCAAACCUGCCACGUAAGGUGA